CACGUAAGCGCGCAUGUGCACAACGAAAGGUGAAGCAGAUAGACGGCAUUCGAGCUAAAGUUAGGUCAAGGAUAAACACCGAUAAGACCUAUUGAUCUUUUCAACGUAUUUUAUUGAUUCGUGUUUGCAAGAAGGGGAUAUUCUUCAACGAAUUUAAUUAAGUUUUGCAAGUGAAUAACAGAAGAGGGAGAGGCCCAACAGGAUGGCCAGUGUGCUCUGUAGCAGAGCCAGGCUGGUGACUUACCUGCCAGGGCUUCAUGUACUGGUCCGACGGAUUGCUGGAACCAACCAGAGAACAUUCUCUGGUGCUGGAUCAUCUGGCUCUGAUGAGCCUCGUGUAGCCAUCACACCCCCUGACCUUGGACCCAGGACAGUUUGGCCAGAUGAUAGUAUGGGUCCGUUCGGGCCUCAGGACCAGCGCUUCCAACUGCCAGGUAACUCAGGCUUUGACUGCCACCUGGAAGGCACAGCAGAACAGAAGAUUAAUGGCCCAGUUCACCGGACAGUCCCCGACUUGCUGACUGCUCCCUCCAGCGGCGAGAGGCAUGAGUUCAUUCUUGCCCAAUUUGUCGGCGAGUUCCAAGGGAAAGAGGCUGAUCCCCUGGAACAAAUGGUCAACAGAGCAGAACAGUACUUUGAUAACUCCAAUGUAGAGUGUGCGAUACAGUCUUGCCCUGAGCUGCUGAAGAAAGAUUUUGAGUCAAUGUUCCCUGAGGCCCCUAACAACGGCAUGACGGUUGUCACGGUGACCCAGAAAACUCAGAACGACAUGACAGCGUGGUGUGAGGAGGUGGACAAAGAGAGGGAGUUGAUGCUAGACAAAUUUGUUGCCGGUGCCAAGGAAAUCUGUUAUGCCCUGAGGACAGAAGGCUUCUGGGCUGACUUCAUAGACCCAUCCUCAGGCCUGGCAUUCUUUGGGUCGUACACCAACAACACACUGUUUGAGACCGACGAGAGGUACCGUAACCUGGGCUUCAGCAUCGAGGACUUGGGCUGCUGCAAAGUCAUCCGCCAUGCAUUGUGGGGGACGCAUGUUUUCGUGGGGACAGUUUUCACCAGCGCACCUCCCCAUAGUCUUAUCAUGAAGAAGCUGCAAGGGAACUAAACCUGAAUGAUGGGAGAGUGUCUGGUAUGUGGUUGCUAUUAAACUUUGACGUGUCAAGGCUCUUGACACAGCCCUUAACUACUAUUUGCUUUUUCUUUGUACUUCACAUUUGUAUAGAAACCUUCAAAAUAGUAUGCUACACCGAUAUUGUGAAAUACCCACAACCAUGAUUCCCGACAGUUGUACCAUGAUAAUAUAUUUAUUUUCAACAUCUCUAUCUGUUCCUUUAGUGUAUUGUGGUUGGCCUGAUUUAAAAGGGUCUCUCUUGCAAAAUAGAUUUUAUCUCAAUGAGAUUUAGCUGUAUAAAUAAAAGUUAAAUUGAAUGUAAAAUAGAAGGUGGAUGAAAAAUCCACUCACAUUGUCUUUGGGUAUUUUUUUUCUUUUCAUGAUGUGGUAAGUGACACUGCUUCUUCAAAGUCCAAUAUCUUGGACUUGACUGCUGACAUAUAAAAUAUAUUGUGACUGUAUUAACAAUGGACAAAAAAUAUAUAUAGUUUGAGUGGAUUUCCCCAUUAAGGGUGGAUUGACUCUGCCCAGAUGAGAUUUUCAUAGUAGAAUCAAUCCUGCAGCUAGAUAAGAAAAACAUGGGGACCUGCUGCUGCCCUUGACUUGGGUUGAGAAACCCCCAUUUUUAUCAAAAGGUAAGAAUUUAGCUUUUCUGAUGUCAUGAGGUUAAUCUCAAAAGCUCUUAUUUGAUCCGCGUUGCCUUCAGAAUAGAGACCUCAUGUCUUGUUCACAGGUCCUGAGAUCCAGUUAACCCUUGAAUCCUUGAAUAUUGUACUUGUGACUGUAAUAAAUGCACUUGUCUAGAAGAGAGGGGCAGCACUUGUCUCUGUCACAUUACAAUAUUAACUGUUUUUAAAAGGGUCUGUGAUUCUUGUGGCAGCUUUUGUCCUGAGGUCCACACAUUAAAUGCAAUAAAACACA